AUGAGAUAUCAAAGCAAGCUUGCUAGCAAUCAUACAGAAGCUCUAGAAAUUUAGUCGUCACAAAUUGUUGGAUAAGCAAACAUGGCAUCACUCAAGUCUCUUAGCUCCCCAGCAGCACUGCUUCUCUUGCUCAUUGCACUUGCAGCGCAGACUCAACUGGCUCACUCGCAGAUAUGCACAUCCCAGCUCAACAGCCUGAAUGUCUGUGCACCAUUUGUGGUGCCUGGUGCACCGAACACCAACCCUAGUACUGAUUGUUGUAAUGCACUUGGUGCAGUGCAACAUGACUGCCUCUGCAGCACUCUCCAGAUUGCGGCUCGCCUCCCUUCUCAAUGCAAUCUUCCACCUAUCACUUGCGGUAACUAG